AUGGCUGGCACUCCUCCAGUAGCACCAGGUACACUAGGAAAAGUUUAUCCAAGUGUUACAUCACAGAAAAACAAAGCUAUGUUACAUGUGAUCGGGUAUAUCUAUAGUCUAGAAAAGACAAUCAAAGAUAGGAAGUAUUGGUGUUGCAAGCUGAAACAGUCAAGUAAGUGCAAAGGUAGAGCUAUUACUAUAACGCAGGUAGAAGGUGAACUGCUAUUAAAGUCCGUAUGUCAUACACAUCCACCAGAUGCAACAGAAGUGGAAAGGAAUGUAGCUUGUCAUGACCUAAAAGAGACAGCUCAGGUAACUAGAACAACCCUAGCAUUAGUGGUGGAUGAUAUAAUCGUUAGUACAUCAGUAGAGAGCACUUAUGUUAAAUCAGAGUUGCUGGAACAGAUCCAAGGACAGCUAAGUGACAUCCUAGAUAAAACAAUUCAGGAAGCAGCACAUUCAUAUUCCCAGCGCUUAAAGGUCAUUAACGAUAAAGAUGUGCAGAAACAAGUCAAUGAGCUGAUGGAGAUUCCUCACAUACAAACAAUAUACCACAUGUUUGUAGCUGUGCUCCUUGUAUUUAUUAUUAGCACAGCUGCGAUGGAUUUCAUUGAUGAAGGACGGUUAAUUACUGACUUUGAACUGUUUUUCUUUGCAUUUGGGAAGUUUCCAGUUGUGAUCUCUACAUGGAUUUUCAUGUUCCUAUAUACUCUUGUAGUCCCAUAUUUGGCACUUUACCUCUGGGGUGGUUCUUUUCACAGCAGCAGAUUUCCUCGACUCCACAGCAUUGCGUUAGGAGUGCUAGUUAUUUUUUGCCAGGCAUACAUGCUUGGCUAUUAUCCUGUCCAUGUGGUUAUACAAAACAGCCUGCCUCCUGCCUCACGGUUCAUAGUAAUCCUUGAACAGGUUCGAUUUUUGAUGAAAAGCUAUGCUUUUCUACGUGAGAAUGUCCCAAAAAUUAUUCACAUAAAGCAGAAGCCUGGUGAAGAGAUAAAGAUUCCACAGUUUUCCAGUUAUCUUUACUUUUUAUUCUGCCCUGUUUUAAUCUACAGAGACAGUUACCCAAGAACAGCAUAUAUACGAUGGAAAUAUGUAGCAAAAUAUUUUGCUCAGGUUAUAGGUGGAAUGUUUUAUGGAUACUUUGUGCUGUUAAGGCUCUGCAUCCCUUUGUUUACAGCCAUGAAUAAACAACCCUUCAGCAAGAAGACACUGGUCUUAUCACUCUUUCAGGCUACCCUUCCAGGGACAUUCAUGCUUCUGAUUGCAUUCUACUUGUUCCUGCAUUGUUGGCUAAAUGCUUUUGCUGAGAUGCUACGGUUUGCCGACAGAAUGUUCUAUCAGGAUUGGUGGAAUUCUACUUCCUUUUCAAAUUACUAUAGGACGUGGAAUGUCGUAGUGCAUGACUUCCUGUUUUAUUAUGUUUAUCAGGAUUUCCUCUGGCUCUUUGGCAAGAAAAUGAGAACGGCAGGCAUGUUAACAGUCUUUUUUGUUUCUGCAAUUGCCCAUGAGUAUGUUCUAACUCUCUGCCUUGGAUACUUCUACCCUGUUAUGUUUUGUCUCUUUGCUAUAAUUGGAGUGGUCUUCAACUUUACAAUGACUGACAAGAGAAAGGGCCCUGUUUGGAACAUUAUUGUGUGGACUUUCCUUUUCAUUGGUCAGGGGAUACAGCUGAGUCUCUAUUCACAGGAGUGGUAUGCACAGAUACAUUGUCCACUGACAGAGAAAUCCUUCUGGGAGCUAAUAACACCUCGGUCGUGGUCUUGCCAGCAGGAGGGCUGAUGGCAUUAUCCCUGUUUACGAGUUAAGCUAAUGCAUAUUGCAAAGAUAUCCAGCAUGCAUUAUGCAAAACUAAAUGCUGCCUUUUUAUGAGAAGACAUCAUUUAUGUGGCACUAGUAUAAUUAGCGGGUAUACCAAUGCAAAUGAGCUAAAACAUGGUGGUAUCUAAGUAAUAUAACAAGAGGUGCU